CUAACGGAGGGCUCAGGGACUUGGCAGCCCCCUGUUCUAAUGAUGCCUUACCCGGGCAACGUGGAUCUCUGCCCGGGCUGACCUUUCCCUUUCUCUGCAUCUCGUGGGAACAGGAUGUAUAACAAGAACAAAAACCAAAAAACAAACAAAAAAACAAAUGAGUGCGGCGCUCCCCAAAUGCCAACUGGGAGCAAUCCCAAGCUCGGAAAGGCAGCGGCCCAAAGGCCUGGCCCAACCGGCUCUAUAGUAGGGAAUACCUGCAAGGUGGAAGGUGCCUGUGCGAACCCGAGGGGGUCCCAUCCCGAAUCCGGUGUGGGUGGCAAGGUAACUUCCGAAGCUGACACCUUGGAAGGAAAGCUAAGCAAUAUUGCGGCUGCCCGACCUUCUGGUAAAGCGGAGGGGGUUGACUUGCCGUCGACAAGCGCCCAAGCCAGACGCUACACAUAUGCCGAAAAGAGGAGUGCAGGGCACAUACUCCGUCGGCAACACGCCAGCAGUGAAGCCAGCCCAUCAGCCGACUGGCUGAAGAAGGUGGAAUGGGCUUCGGCCGUGCUCCCGGAGUUCACCUUGGAACAGAAAAAGGUGGCUCCCCAAGCCAAGAGGCAGCGCUCGCAGGAGACACCGGGACCGGUAGCAAAGCGCUCCAGAGUACUGCCAAAUGUCUCCUUUGCGCAGAUUGCCAAGGAGAGGACGCUAAUUGGUGUCCUCGACAGAGGCAGCGCAGAGGGUAGAAUCCCAAGGAGUCAGUGGAAGUGGGUGGAAGCGGCACUGGCCGACCGCUGCUUCGAACUCCUCGACAAAGACCCUGGACCUCCGCCAGUCUGCAAGGACAUAGGGUGGUUCCAGGGCAAUGUUAAGAUAAUUGCCUGCGAAGACAAGCGCUCUGUAAAGCUUUAUAAAGCGGCGGUAGCGCAGGUCGGCGAGGUCUAUGCUGCGCCGAAACACGUCGCAGUCGACUGGAGCGAGGUGCCCAGCAGACCGAGGGCCAGAAUUUGGGUGCCGGCUACCUUUAAGGAGCCAGAACGCAUCCUCAAGAUGCUGCAGAGAUGCAACCCAGGACUACCAACCUCAGAUUGGAAGGUAGCCAAGGUUGAGACGACACAAGGGCCGACCAACCAGGCAGUGCUCGUUCUCAAUAAAGAGUCGCUGGCCCCGAUAGAGGCAGCAAAAGGAGAGCUAAACUUCGGCUUCAGCUCGGUCACCAUCAAGGUGUACAAAUCGGACGCGGCGGCCGCGGCGCUUCCUGUCGUCAACCGAGACGUGCAGGAUGUCGCUGCGGAGAUCGAAGCGCCUGACGACGAGCUGGAGCCAGACCAGGAAGGCUUCUCCGCAGAGACAGACCUGAUGCUCGACUUUGAGUCAAUGUGCCGAGAGAGAGUCUCUGAUGACUCGGACGCGGACAUCACGGUGGUGGAGAAUCUUGAAGAUGGUCCUAAGGAUCCUUCAAAUAAAUCUCCACCACUGUAAAGCAGCAUCGGCUGCUCUCAUACUCCGCCUAGACGCAAGCGGAGCCGACGUAGUCCUGAUCCAGGAGCCUUGGGUGGUAGGAGGCAAGGUCUGUGGAUUGGGGACGAGGUAAUACAAGAUCAUUGUAUCCCAAAAUGAAGCGAUGGCGAUAACACGGCGGUAAGCCUAGAACUAAAAGGGAAUCAUCUCAGGCUGGUGGCGUCCUAUAUGGCCCACGAGGAGGAUGAUCCUCCGAACGACCUUGUUCGCAAAAUAGCCAGCGACAGCGAAAGGACGGACAAAGACCUACUUAUAGGUUGCGAUGCCAACGCCCACCACACCCAAUGGGGGAGCACGGACACGAAUGUAAGGGGUGAGUCACUGUUCAGCUUCAUCCUGAACUCAAAUUUAUUCAUAUGCAAUCGGGGUAACGACCCCACAUUUAUAAUUAAAAAUCGGCAGGAGGUCAUUGACCUCACGCUAGUGUCAAGCAAACUGCUGGACACAAUCAAGAGCUGGAGAGUCCUAGGAGACCACUCCUUCUCGGACCACAGGUAUAUCGAGACGA